AGCCGCACGCGGGGCGCCUGUGGGGGCUACUUGGGAGCAGCGGCUGGAGCUCGAGUCCCGAGCUCGCUCGCCCGCGCGCUCCUGGAGACCGCGCGCGCUGGCCCCUCGCCGCUCGCCCCUUGCCCGCCGCGUGGAUCCGCCAGCGUCGCCCGUCUGGCCCCCGGCUCACCCUCCUCCUCUGGCGCCGCCUGCUACUGACCCGCCCGGCGCACGGAGCCGACCCGGCCGCGGGCUGAAGGUAAAAGCCCACGCCUUUAGGAAGAAACAUGAGGUUCUCUUGGAAACUAUUCAAGAGGAAGAUGGAAGGGGCCGUUUAAAAGCGAUUAAAAGCUGCAGACCGCAAUACUGGGGCCAGAGGGCUGGCAGUGGAAAACCCUGCUGGGUUGUGACCUCUCACUGAAAAGUUCCAGGUGCCUUUUUGCUUCCUGCAAAAGAAAAGAAGAGAAGGAAAAGACCAUGUCCAUAGCCUUGAAGCAGGUGUUCAACAAGGACAAGACCUUCCGGCCCAAGAGGAAAUUUGAACCUGGCACACAAAGGUUUGAGCUCCACAAACGGGCUCAGGCGUCACUCAACUCAGGCGUGGACCUGAAGGCGGCCGUGCAGCUGCCCAGUGGGGAGGACCAGAACGACUGGGUGGCAGUGCACGUGGUGGACUUCUUCAAUAGGAUCAACCUCAUCUAUGGCACCAUCUGUGAGUUCUGUACCGAGCAGACCUGCCCUGUGAUGUCAGGGGGCCCCAAAUAUGAGUAUCGCUGGCAGGAUGACCUCAAGUACAAGAAGCCAACUGCCCUGCCAGCUCCCCAGUACAUGAACCUCCUUAUGGAUUGGAUCGAGGUCCAGAUCAACAAUGAGGACAUAUUUCCAACAUGCGUGGGUGUUCCCUUCCCAAAGAACUUCCUUCAGAUCUGCAAGAAGAUCCUGUGCCGCCUUUUCCGAGUCUUUGUCCACGUCUACAUCCACCACUUUGACCGGGUCAUUGUGAUGGGCGCGGAGGCCCAUGUCAACACCUGCUACAAGCACUUCUAUUACUUCGUCACAGAGAUGAACCUCAUAGACCGCAAGGAGCUAGAGCCUUUGAAAGAGAUGACGAGCAGGAUGUGUCACUAACGCCCCAUCUCCCCUUUGGAAGACUGAGGAAAGCUCUUCCCUCCUGGAGCCCUGCACCAGCAGGAGGGAGACCUCCCCUGGCCGAACAGGCACCUGCUUCCAGGAGCAGGCAAGGUGGAGACGAGCAGUGAUUCCUGAGAGAAGUUCCCUACUCACCCCGUGUGCUCUUAACCCUCUGAGUGCUGCUAGCCACGACCUGUGGACCUGUCUGACCACAGUGUGCAGGAAGGACUGCCCCCUCUCCCUUCUGGCUCUCAAGUGCCCCGAGGAAGCCUCUGCACUUACGUGCGCGUCGCAGUCUGCCUGUGACCUGCCGCCUAAGCUUUACUGGAAUUCAGGUUUUGAGACUGAGACACUUACUUGUACUUCCCCACUCCUGUCUUGUCAACUGGCCGACUUUUCUGUACCGUGUCUUCUAAAUCCCGGGUGAAUUUUGGAACUCUGGAUGAGCAGCAAGUUUGUCUAUAACAAGUCUUCCUUUCAGGUCUUUGAAAGCUUCCACCCUGAUCUGAUUCUGUGGUUUAACUUCAUGCAGGACCACGGAGCCUUGAAGACGUCUGAGACCCCCACCCUUCAGCCUCAGCGAGAAUUCCCUACUCGGCAGUUUUAUCAGGGACCACCCAUGACCCCAGACAAACCUUAACUAUGGGGAAGAGUCUGGUUGUUAGGAUAAAGCUGACGGGUUACCAGUUAACUCUGAAUAGAAUGUGUUUUUUUUUAUAGCCACACCAUUCCUUGUCUCUUCUAUUCAAAAUUUUUUUCCUGUUUCCAAGAAGAGAGGAAUAAAAGGAAGUUAUAAAUGACCAAGAAUGAUCAGCAAAAGCUCUGAGCCAGAUUAGUGCAGUGUUUGUUCUUGAGCAAAGGGUAGGGAGUUCUGGCUGUCUCUACAUAAUACUGAAGUUUCGGUGGAAAAAAAACAAAACAAAACAAAAUAAAACAAGUGCCAUUGGCUAUUUGGUACACAUAGCUCAAACACCCAGCUCAUUGGUUUGUCGCCUUCCCAGCUGGCCCUCUGAGCUCCUACAUCCAGCCCGUGUUUUCUUUCUCUUCCUCUGCACUCCCCCUCCUUGGCCAUAUUAUAUUAUGGCAAGAAUUAAUUUCUGCCCCUAUGAUUGUGCCACAGUUGCCAAGGCAACAGUGUAACUGGAGCUAACUUCCUUCUUCCAUUCCUUCCCAGUUUUCCUAUUCCAGUAAACAGAAUAACGCAUUCUGUGCUACGUCCUGCCUUUUGAAACCCAAGUGAGUCUUAGCUGAAGAAAUGUUGCCUUCUCUGCUUCAUUCAUGAAACUGGUGGUAGUCCUGAGAGCCUGUGAUUGGAGGGUGAUAAUAAUCUGGCGAUCCUUGGAAUCUGACAAAAUAGCAGUUGGUGGAGGGAAGUAGAUAAGAAUGUAUUAGUAUAUUUUAAUGUAACACCAAUUAAAGAAUAACUAAAAAACUCUGAUUUCGUUUCAUUGGAUGUAAUGUGUUAAAGCCGUUUGUGGCUGCCACAAGAGCCUAGAGAGCAUGAAAUCUUUCUUUGUCCAGAGAAAGGGCUGACUGUCUGGACCCUGUGGCAUUCUGCCCUCACCCAGCAAACUGACCUUUGCUUCCGAUCUUGUCAGAGUUAUCUCAUGGAAUCCAAAUGCUGCUACCUCUUUCCAUAUUGUUGUGCUCUGGUCAACAACAAACAGACCCCCUCCCCUUUUUUUGGCUUCCUAAGUAAUUCUGAGAGGACAAGAUCGGCAAAGAUUCUUCUGGGCAUCAUUUUUGGCUGAAAGAAUAUGACUGUCCUAAGGAUCCAGAAAACAGAGAAAUAAGAACCCCCCAUUCCCAACCUAUGCAAUACACUGUAAAGUACUUCAUGGGAAUGUUCUGGCAGAGAGACAAGAGAAAUGACAACGAAGCCCACGCCCUAGGAGGAACCCCGAAGGUCUGCCAUCAUGGAAAACCACAGGAUUUUUGCAUUAAGAAGUUGACUAUGUUCCUGCAUUUCAGCAACGCCUAAUCAAGCAGGAUUCUGGACUCUGAAGACAUUUAUUAUUAAUUCUUUUUAAAGCUACUUCCUAUUAACUGUGUGUGCAUAUGAAAUUUCCAUUCCAUUUUUAAAAAGUAUUUUUUAAACUUCUUGGCACAAUUUCCUCCUGGUUAUGUUUCUAAUUGCAUUAAUCAACUCCUCUAGGAUAAGUUCUGGCAAACCACUCCUAUUUUUUAAUUACUGAGUAUUCCUUACUCCUACAGAACUUUGGCCAAUUCUAAAGAAAAUUAUCACAACAGCUUUUAUCUCUUUGACCUGACUACAUCCUAAGUACAUCUUAUUGCAACCAGGGGAUCUGAGCCUCACAUUCUGCUUCUGCCUCCUAACUUGAUGGGCUCUCUUUCAUUUCACACCAUUUUUUUUUAGUCGGAUACAUGUAUCCACUGCCUUUUUUUAUUUUGAGAAAUUUUAAAGUGGAAAUUUCAAAGAGUCAAGAUUACAGUGAAUAUCCACACCCCUUCGUGUAUGCACAUCAGUUGUUAACAUUCUUUAAUUGUUGACAGUUUCCAUACAUUUUCUUUCUUUCUCUGUAAAUACACAUUCUGAUUGCUGAACCAUUUCAAAAUAUGUUGCAGACAUCAUAAAACUUUAAAUACGUUAUCAUUUGUCCCCAAAAUGUUUAUAGCUUCUUUUGUUUAUUUAUCCAGGAUCCAUUUACAAAUCACAUGUGGCAUUUGCUGUUGUUCUCUUUCGUUAGUGGGUUAGAGUUCUUGUCGUGUGUGUAUGUGUGUGUGUGUGUGUGUGUGUGGUAUGGUGGUGGUGGUUGUGGUGUGUGUGUGUCAUGACACUGACAUUUUUUUGUAGAAUGUUCCACAAUCUGGAAUUUUUUUUCUGAUUAUUUCCUCUUAUUAGACUCAGUUAAACAUUUUUUUUAUUUUAGCAAGAACAUUACACAAGUGAUGUUUUGUUCCUGUUGCAUUUAUCAGGAAACAUAUGACCAGUUGUCUCUUCAUGAUAUUAAACUUGACCAAUGGGUUCAGGUGUUGUCUGCCUGAUCCAUUCAUUAUAAAGGUACUUAAUCCAUUAAGAAGCUCUGAAAAUCAACACGCACCCAUUUUAUAGUUUGAGACUGGGCAAAUGUGGCUUCCUUUCUUAAUUUUCUCAAAGAGGUCCACGAUCUCCAAAAGAUUAUAACCCUUGCAGUUCAAUGAUACAGCAAUGACAAAGGCUUCAUAACUUCCCCCUUAACAGAGGGAAGGGGAAGUAAUAACAGCACUAGAUUGGUAUGCUGGCUAAUGAGAAUCUGUAUGGUCCCUGUAGCCAGAGUUGAAAUAUAUAACUUUUUUUUUUUUUUUGCUCCCAUCCUCAAUGACUUCCCAUUCAGACCCAUGGUUUAUUUUAGAGAGUGUGUGUUCUCAUUAAAGGUGAUUUCUCUCAAAAUUGUGAGGAGUGUUUUAGGGGUGGGGGAGAAAUCUUAGAUAUUACAGUGCGUUGUGGCCCUUCAAAGGGCCAUAGUACAUAAACAGAUAUAAAGCGUAUAUGUGGUAUUAAACUUUCAUGGGCAUGAUUAAGAAUAAACUGUCCUAAAAGGCUCCUUAAGAGGAUGAUAAUGAAAAAAAAAAAAAUACAUGAAGAAAUACUCAUCUAGAGUCAUAUCCUGCUUCUUAGGUUGUUAACUCUCUCUUGGAGUGUUUUCCCAUUUCUGAGGGCUAGGAUCAGUGGAAGCAACUUCAAGAGAUUUCUUCAUCCAUCCCUUCUACCCUCCCAAAUGCUAUCAGUAACCUUCCCGGUGAAAACCCCAUUCUCCUCUCGAAGACCUUCAAGCAUAGACGUUCUACAACAUCCUUUGGUGUGUCCCCACUGAACACUUCACAACACCUGAAAUCCUUCCAUCUGACCUGAACCAAACUAUUAUCUUUGGGUUUCAGCACACCUUUCCUAGUGUCUCACAUUAAGGAAAACACAAAGAUUAGGAGAAGAAGAAGCAUAAGCAAUGAGAGCCUUAUUUGCAUAUCCACGAAGUAUUUGAAGACUGUUACCAAUGGCCUUCGGCUUCCUUUCCCUUCAGCUCUCUCAGGGGCAGAAUUCUCACGGAAACCCUGGUGCCCAGUUGCUAACAUUUCUGCACCUCAACUUGAACCCUUCCCCAAGCUUUCCAUGUCACUGUGCAUUAUGGAUAUAGCCAGCAGUGAACGUGUAAGAAAUUACCACAUGCUUUCUCCAAACUCUAUUGUCUCUUUGCUAAGUCCUGACUUGCUUGUUAAUCCAUUUGUGAGCAUAUCUCCAUUAUAGUCAACCAUUUUGGUUUAUCUUCCUGAGUUUCCUUCCUUUCUACCUUUGAUAUUCCUCAGCAGAUGACAGUUUUGUUUUAACCGCUUCUUUAAUUGGCAAAGCACUGAGACUUGGAUGGAGGGCCUCUUGUAUUUUUGUGGUGAAUUAGGCCAAGUCAUCAUCUGGUCGUUGAUGGAAGCACAUCAUUCCCUGUGGUCUCUGACCUUCCAUCACUCCUGUAUCCCACGGGUAUCACACUGUGAGUGAAAGAAAUAUCAUGGGACAAGAACAGCCAUAUCUUCAAGGAAUAUGUACAAAGGCAAAAUCAUGAAAAGGAGUCAGUCGUGACACCUGGAUACACCAGGUGUUGUUGUUUGUGCUUGGAGCAUUUUGGUGCAUGAUAAAAUCGGUGAUUCUCUCCUAGAAGUAGCCAAACAGUGUUUUGGAAAUAGAAAGGUCCCCCCACCCCCGCUUUAAAAAAUAUUUCAACAACAACAAAAACUUAGGUUAUUUCCCUCUGGGCAGUUAUUAAUUCUGGGUGAGAAGUUUCUGAUGACUAAAUAAGGAUUUUUAUAACUUUUAGAAGGAAGCGUCCAUUUCUAAUCUGAAAGUUAAGCUAUUUUACUAGCUUUUAGUGUUCUAAUGUCAAGGUUUUCCAGUAUCUUUUCUAAUUGUAUCAGAAAAAAAAAAUGUUUACUAUAUUUUAGUUCCAUUUGAGAUUAAAUUAAGGGUUUGACUCUAAGAACAAACUAACACAAUUAUAUCAAUUAGGAAAGCAAGAGGAAAUGAAAGGGUAUUUAUGGAAUCAGUUCAUGUGAGCUUAGGAAUUCAAAUGUCACAAAUAAAAGACAUGUAACCAUCA